CACGCGCAGCCUCGGGCCCUUCCUUGGUCGUUGUAUUUGAGGUCACUCUACAGCACAAUGUCUACUGUCAUGCAGCAGGCUGCGGCGACACCCGUCGCGAUACUUCGCCUCCGUGGGAAGACUCACUCUCGCGCAAUUCGCGCACAUCGUCUCGGUGCUCGCCGUCAGGUUUCCUGCGCGGCGUCGCCGGCAGAAGCGAUUAAAGACAAGCGGAUCCCUGUCACCAUUCUUACGGGAUUCUUGGGAUCCGGCAAGACGACGCUCUUGAACCGUAUUCUUGCGGGUGAUCAUGGCAAGCGCAUCGUCGUCAUCGAAAACGAGUUUGGCGAGAUUGACAUCGACAGCGAACUUGUCGCGUUCAAGGAGAAUGGAGAGGAGGACAUCAUGCUCCUCAACAACGGUUGCCUCUGCUGCUCCGUUCGCGGCGACCUGGUUGAUAUGCUCGGUCGACUCGUGACUGAGAAGAAGGGCCAGUUCGAUCACAUUCUGAUCGAGACCACGGGUUUGGCGAAUCCGGCUCCCAUCAUUCAGACCUUUUAUCUGGAGCCCGACCUGCUGGACACGCUGCGCCUUGACGGCGUCGUCACCCUCGUGGACGCAAAGCAUGCCAUGAUGCACCUCGACGAGAAGAAGCCCGAAGGCGUAGUGAACGAGGCCCUCGAACAGGUUGCGUUCGCCGACCGUCUCGUCCUCAACAAGACCGACCUGGUGAACCAGUCGGAGCUCCUCAGCAUUGAGAACCGUGUGCGCACCAUCAACAACCUUGCCAGCAUCCAGCGUGCAGAGAAGGCCAACGUGGAUCUCGACUUUGUGCUCGGGGUCGGCGGUUUCGACCUCGACCGUGUCGAGGACGUCAUCAUCGGCGAAAAGAAGGAGGAGGAGCAUGGCCACUCACACUCACACUCACACUCACACGGCGAAGCGGAGUGUGUGGAUCCGGAGUGCAACGACCCGAGCCACUCUCAUUCCCAUUCCCACUCCCACUCCCACGGCGAAGCGGCUGAGUCGGAGGCGGAGUGCGAGGUGUGCGGCGAACACGGUCACAGUCAUAGCCAUCACGUGCACGAUGACACAGUGACGAGCGUUAGCCUCACCAUGGACGGCGAGGUUGACCUUGACCUUGUCAAUGAUUGGCUCGGCAUGCUCCUGAACGACAGAUGGCAGGAUCUCUUCCGUAUGAAAGGCGUGCUUGCCAUCGAGGGAUGCGAUGAUCGCUACGUGUUCCAGGGCGUGCAUGCCCUGUUUGAGGGAAUGCCCGACAAGCCCUGGGAGGAUGGGGUUGCUCGAUCGUCGAAGCUUGUGUUCAUCGGGAAGGAUCUGGACCGCGAUGAGCUGGAAGCGGGAUUCAAAGCUUGUGCUGUUGGAGCAAGCGUUGGGGCUGCCUCCCAGUGAGCUUAGGUAGCUAGCGCGCAGUAGAAAGAGUGGUUCGGUAACACUUACCUUCAAUACGAUUCAUUUAACAUUGUC